AUGGCGACCGUCAACCCGGAGGGGAAAUGGAAUUGGGUGCUCAUGUCACUCUACGCAUACAUCACCACGAAGGAGUACCUCAAACUGGGAGGCUCUCUAGCCGCCGUGCAGGCGCGAUCCUCGAUGCGGAGGGCAAAGUUGUUUUGGCGCGAUGCCUGGCAGUCCAUUCUGCCGCCCAGCCCCAGCUGGAAGGACGGCAGGUGUCCUCGGCCGGACGACACUCUCGACGAGGCUAUCGAGUAUCUUCUCGCACCCCUCCUUUCUGAGAUUGCCGCCAUGGCGGAGAUUACGCAUGGGCAGUCCAUAAGCAUGACACUGUUGAGGGCAUUUAGGAAGCAGUCGUGCCUCGUCGCCGGAGCCCCGCGGGAGCACCAAGUGGUGUUUGAGAUGGCGGAAACAGAUUCGGCGCUUCCAGCCAUGCGGCUCCGCGGUGCCCCAUUGAACGUGACGUAUGCAGAGGCGACGCUUUUAGCAGGUUUGUUAAGUGAGGCCCUGGCGUGGGAGUGGUACUGGCUCACGCACACCCCUGUUCCUGUUCCCCCCGAAACCACGCGGAGCCCGCAUAGCGGCAAUUCGAAAACUCGCCCCCAUGCACUCGCGCUGAUGCUCGAUAACUGCCCCGAGUUUAAUCUCAUCUGGAUGGCCGUCUCCGAGGCAAGUGUUUGGCUGACCUUCUUGGAUGUCCUCUACGACGCAAGGCGGCCGCAAACCAAGGCGGAGGCAGAGAGGCCUGUGGUGUAUCAUCACUGCAGCACGGCCCUCCUUAACACGAACCUCGCAAACCAUCGCAUGUUGUCGCACAGCCUGGAAUGUGCCGCGGCGGAGAUUCUGGUGAUGGAGCAGAAGUACGUGCCGCUCCUUUUCGCCGACGAGAACGACCCGGCGUCUGGCAAGGGUGAGCGGCGGGAAAGGCAACGAAGCCCCGUGCAGCUGCCAUGGUGUGUCCGGAGGGUGUUUCUCUGGCGGGCGGCGCCACCGAGUGUCCCGGAAGCAGCGAAGGGAGUGGAACCGUGGAUGCUCGCCGAGGUGCGACGAUUCAAUGAGGCGCGGUGCCGCAGCGCUCACGGCGAUGUCGCGGCCCUCGACCUCUUCGAUCUCGUGCGUGCCAACUGCCUUCCACAGACACAGCAGCCCGCAUUCCCUAUCCUCGCGGCGCGCAUUCUUUCCGCUCCCCCGGCUGCGCACGAGCCGACGGCCUCCACGCGGAAGCGGCAGCAGCAGCAGCAGCGGCGGCUUCCCGUCUCCCACAUACGGAAUACAACAAGGGAGGCCCUGCUGCGGUUUCGCCCAGUGAUGCCGGUGCUGCACAUUUACACCUCUGGGACGACCGGGCUUCCCAAGGCGGCGCGAUUCAGUCACUUGCGGUUCUUUGCCGCCAUUUUCCUCUCCUCCGUGCUUUCGCACCGAAACAAGGUGAAGGAAAUUGUGCGGAAGCAGCAGAAGAGCCAGGGCCGCAGUGGAGGUGGCAAUGAUGGCUAUUGCUCCACCUUCAAAAGGAUGUUCUUGGGAGCUCGCUCCUCCCUCGAGGACGAGCUCAACGUUCUCACUGUGUACAACUGCCUGCCCAUGUACCACACGGUAGGCGUCGUUUUCUGCAUGGGACACCUGCUGCGGGCGUUGCAGGAGCAGCAGCGUGCGGCGGGUGCGGUGGCGUCGUAUCAGUGGGACCCACAGUGCGAUAAAAGCAACCUAGGUCGGCAGCAGAGGAAACUGCGGCUGGCGCCGACUGCACGUAUGGUAAUACGAAGCAAGUUCAGUGCCUCGCGAUUCACACAAGACCUGCAACAGUACCGAGUCACCGUGUUUCAGUACAUUGGGGAGAUACUUCGGUACGCGUUGCACUAUGUAAGAACGACAGAGGCUGCGUCUCACACCCUCGACGUGUGCCCCACGCGCAACGGCGUUGCUGUGGACGGCAGCCACGGCAGAAACAACGAUAUUAACGGUAACGAGAGGGAAACCCGGUGGGUGGUUCCUUUUGCAUUUGGUAACGGUUUGCGUAUCGACAUCUGGGGCGAGUGCAAGGCCGCCCUCGGUAUCGCGCAGGUGGUGGAAUUUUACAGCUCAACGGAGGGGAAUAUAUUUCUUCUUAACCUGUUCGAUAUUCCAGGGGUUGUGGGGCACCUGCCGCUCUUUCCUGACCCAAUCUACUGGCUCUCCACACAGUUUAUCCCGUUCUUUCCCUUCCGCGUUGCGAGGUACGACUUUGAGCAGGAUGCGGUGUGGCGUCACCCGGUGACGGGGCUCUCCACCUACUGCGGCGUGGGCGAGACCGGCGAGAUCGUGGGGGAAAUCAUUCAGGGCUUUGACGUCUUUGGGCUGCGACGCUUCGACGGCUACCAUAGCGAGGCGGAGACGCGGAGGAACGUGGCUCGCAGCGUCUUCAAGAAAAACGACGCCUACUUUCUCUCGGGUGACUUGGUUAAGUUUGACGCGAUGGGGUUCGUCACGUUUGUGGAUCGCGUGGGCGACACGUUCCGCUGGAAGGGCGAGAACGUGUCCACGAUGGAGGUGAUGAACGCCAUGAACGAAAUGGUGGGGCGGACGGCCGCCGUGCGGGAGGCCGUCGUGUACGGCGUCAGCGCCCCACGCCACGAGGGAAGGGCGGGGAUGGCGAAGUUGACGCUCACGCCGCUGGGGGAGGCCCGCGAGAGGGCCGCCGCCCCCGCCGAGGGAGGGACUGGCGCCAACAACGCCCUGCGUAUGACCCUUGACGACGAGAAGCGGUUUCUGCAGAACGAACUGUACGGCCUGUUUGCCGGGGUGAAGGGCGGCCCCGCCGCGCUGCCAAGCUACGCCGUCCCCGUGUUCAUACGCAUAGACGAGGAGGCGACGGGGAAGGGCGGAGGGACCGGCGGGCAAUCACGACAGCAGCAACCUCACGCGGCACCGGAGAGCCGGGGGCCAUGCAGCCCACCCGGCUCCAGUCCAGGCCGCGACGAGGCGAGCGCCGCCGCCAUGUUCAAGUACCGUCGGCACGUGCUUGUCGGCGAAGGCUACAGCUUCGCCCUGUCCGUGUCUGAGCCGGCCGCAUCGCGCGUGUACGUUCUUGUGAGAAGAAGAGAACUCUUGACCGCUGUGGGAGUGGAGCCGGUUCCCCCGUCUCUCUCCUGCGGGUACUUGCCGUUGAAUGCAAAAACGGUUGGGGCAUUUGGCGAGGAGCUGCAGAAAUGCGGGUGGUGA